GGUUUUCAAGGGUCAAGGUUUGUUUAGAGUUAGGAGUUGUUUGGUCGAUAGCUCCAAUGUCAUCUCCUGGUGUGGUGAGCUUGGUGAACGUGUGCUACGACUCAGUGAACUCGUUUCCAACUUCUUCGUUGGUGUGUAUGGUUUUGUCAUGGCUGGCAGCUUGGCAAGCCUGGGCGACGUUCUUGCCAGAGAACUUGAAUGAACGAAUCCCAAUCGCGCGGAGCUUUCUGGUGGAGGCAGCGCAGAGAUUGACGUGUGAGACCGGAGCGCGUGCGCUGGGCUUUUGCUCGGUAAAGGUUGAUAUGAGCUCGGGCAAUUUGGACGGUUUCAUCGAGGACCUCACCAGUGAGUUGGAAGAUGUCUUGGAGGCUUUGUCCCAUUGGUGUGCUUGGCUAACUGUGGACGAUGGCAUCGAACAUGAGCGACUUUUGGAGGGCGCCAUCAAGUUCGGAUCUGAAAUCAAUCGCUUGUGCCCUGAGAGAAUCCGAGUGGUGUGUGCGAUGAACUCUUUUGCGAAGGCACUUCAACAAAAGGUUUCUGAUUUGCAAUUCGAGGAGGCUAGACCAUGUAGAGGCAUCUGACCCCUAGGUUUUACCACGCCAACUUGGCAACGUAGCGG